AUGCUGCGACCACUGGUGAGAUCUGUGACGUCUGACUGGCGAGGCAUUCAGAAGCUCAACUUUAGCUCGACAUCAGUAGCUAGGGCGGAUUUCACUCAUGCUGUUGUAGGUGGAGGCGUCGUCGGCCUCGCCAUAGCCCGGAAGCUCGCGCAGCGCGGCGACAACUCGACCGUCCUGAUCGAGCGCCACAACGCCGUGGGCACCGAGACGAGCUCUCGAAACAGCGAGGUCAUCCACGCGGGAAUCUACUACGGGCCUUCCAGCCUCAAGGCGAAGCUGUGCAUCCGCGGCAAGAACCUGCUGUACGAGCUCUGCGAGAAGCACGACGUCGGCCACCGCCGCACUGGCAAGUGGAUCGUUGCGCAGAAUGAGGCUCAGCGGGAAGCCCUCGAAAAGAUUCAUGCGCUGUGCGAGAAUCAGCUUGGGGUUCCUACGCGGUGGGUCACCGGUGAAGAGGUGAAGCGUGAUGGUGAGGGAGUUAAGGCUGCUUGUGCUCUUGAUAGUCCAACCACGGGUAUCGUCGAUUCACAUGGACUCAUGAUGUGUCUCUUGGGACUGUUUGAGGAAGCCGGCGGUGUGGCGGCUCUCAACUCACCCGUCGUGGGUAUAAAACCCCUCGGUGCUCAACCUGGCAGUGAAGGUUGGGAAAUUGAAGUCAAGGACGCCUCGACCGGUGAGACGUCGAGCAUCACAGCCGAGACUCUCAUCAACGCGGCCGGGCUCGGUGCCGCGACCAUCCACAACAUGAUCGUGCCGGAAGACCGGCAGCAGAACCUGUACUACGCCAAGGGCAACUACUUCUCAUACUCUGCAUCGCACCCGCGCAUCUCGCGCCUCAUCUACCCGGCUCCGGAGCCCGGCGCCGCGGGGCUCGGCACGCAUCUGACGCUCGACCUCGCGGGCCGUGUACGCUUCGGACCGGACGUUGAGUGGGUCGACCGACCUGAUGACCUAGCCGUCAACGCGACACGGCUCCCGCAGGCGAUAGUCGAGAUUCAAAAGUACCUGCCUGGCGUCAAGGCUGAGGACCUUGUGGCCGACUACGCCGGCAUCCGACCGAAGUUGGCGGAUCAGGGCGCCGUGCUCAAGGGCAAGGGGUUCCACGACUUUGUGAUCCGCAGGGAGGAGGGUUAUGAAGGAUGGGUGAACCUACUAGGCAUCGAGAGCCCCGGAUUGACGAGUUCGCUAGCCAUCGCCGAGGAGGUCGAAGGACUCGUAUACGGCAAGGAACAGUCACUGUGA